AUGGGUACAAGUUUAAAUGAACUGGUAGAAACUACCAAGGACCUCUUAACAACCAUUCAGGCUAAUGUUGGUUUAAGUACCCUUGGCGUAGGAGCAGCUACUGCUUUAGCUUAUUAUCUUUCAUUGGAUCCUAAAAUACCGAAACCUGUCUUAGAUAUCAACUGCCAGUCUGUGGAAUCAAAGCAUGGUGGUCGAACUAUACCCAAGUAUAAAGAUAAUGAUUAUAUGGGGUAUCUGUUUGAAGAUGUACAAACCCUGUACGAAUGUUUUCAACGAGGUCUCAAGAUAUCACGUCAUGAAAAGUGUUUAGGAACUAGAAAGGGGAAAGGAGAGUGUUACGGAUGGGUAACUUAUCAGCAGGUACAAGAUCGGGCCCAUGCAUUUGGAUCUGGAUUAAUCAAAUUAGGUUUGAGCCCUGGACCACAAACAAUGGUAGGAAUUUAUACAGCCAACAGAGUCGAGUGGGUGACAUCUGAACAAGCGUGCAAUAUGUAUAGUAUGGUGAUAGUAGCAUUAUAUGACACACUGGGACCCGAUGCCUGUAAAUAUAUCAUUAAUCUUACUGAAAUGGAGACAGUUAUUUGUGAUACAGCUAAGAAGGUCCAGUCCUUGUUAGAUCAAAUUGAUCAACUACCUAGUUUAAAACGUAUUAUAUUAAUGGAAGAGAUAUCAAAUAAUAAUUUAGAUUUGGCUAAAAGUCGAGAUAUUGGUCUCUACACGUAUCAGGAUGUUGAGCUUCUUGGUUCAAAAGAUUUGCAAAAUCCUGUUCCACCUUCACCCGAUGAUUUAACUACUAUAUCAUUUACUAGUGGAACUACAGGUGAUCCUAAGGGAGUGAUGUUAACACAUAGAAACUUAAUUUCACAUAUUAGUGGAAUAUUUUCAUUAGUUAUGACAAAUUAUACCUUUGGAACGAAUGAUUGUCAUAUAUCAUAUUUACCAUUAUCACAUAUGUUUGAAAGAGCAAUGCAGAUCAACGCAUUUAUGCACGGUUAUCACGUGGGAUUCUAUGGUGGCGAUGUAAAACAACUGUUCGACGACAUUAAAGAAUUACAACCUACAAUAUUUCCUACUGUGCCAAGAUUAUUGAAUAGAUUCUAUGAUAAAAUAAUUGCCAAUUGCCAGGGUUAUUCCUUUAAAAGUAUUUUACUUAGUUUAGCUUUAAAUAGAAAGACGGCAGAAGUUAGAAGGGGCGUGGUUAGAGCUAAUAGUAUAUGGGAUUAUUUAGUUUUUAAUAAAAUAAGAAAAUUAACUGGUGGAAAUAUAAAACUCCUAGUUACUGCAUCAGCACCUCUAUCAGAUCAUGUGAUGACAUUUACUAGAGCGGUAUUUGGGUGUAUGGUAUUUGAAGCAUAUGGUCAAACUGAGGCAACAGCAGCUGUAACUUGUACCUUACCAGGGGACAUUACUCCAGGUCAUGUUGGAGCUCCGACUCUUUGUAACUCUAUCAAAUUAAAAGAUGUCCCGGAAAUGGGUUAUUUUGCCGCCAACGACCAAGGGGAAAUUUGUGUCAAAGGCUUAAGUGUUUUUCAAGGGUAUUACAAGAAUCCUGAGAAGACAGCUGAAGUCUUAGAACCUUCAGGAUGGUUACAUACUGGUGAUAUUGGUAUGUGGUUACCGAAAGGUCAACUAAAGAUAAUAGACAGAAAGAAACAUAUUUUCAAGCUUGCUCAGGGAGAAUAUGUAGCACCUGAGAAGAUUGAGAAUGCCUAUUCUAGAAGUCAAUAUGUAGCACAGAUAUACGUCGAUGGUAAUAGUUUACAGGCUUAUUGUAUGGCAGUAGUAACAUUAGAUAUGGAAGUAAUGGAAAGUAAAAUACCAGUAUAUAAUUUACCUACUGAUAUCCAGGAAUUAUGUCGAUCACAGAAAACCAAAGAUCUAGUCCUAAAAGAUAUGUUAAAUGUUGGAAAACAGAGUGGGCUGAAGGGAUUUGAACAGGUUAAAGAUAUUUAUAUAAAUACUGAACCAUUUAGUGUGGAAAAUGGAUUGUUAACACCAACCUUCAAAAAUGUCCGACCUAAAUUACGCACGAAAUUUGUCAAUGAAAUUGAAGCUUUAUAUAAGAAACACCAACAGUUAAAAUAACGUUAACUUCAGUAUGAAAAAAAUGUCAUUAAAAUAUAAGGUGGACUGUAAAUACCGUCAACCUUCGCAACAACAGAUGCCGUCAGUCGCUCUUCUUUUGCUAGUAGAUGGACAAUUUUUCGACAUGAGCACUAAUCGUAUAUCUGUGUCUGACGAAGCCCAUGAAUUAAAUAGCCGAAAGGCCCUAUCAAUCAAACGCUUUAACCUCGAUCGAACAAUAGCUUCAGGUGGUUAUUUUACUUGAUCUUGUGAAGCACCAUAAGCUGACGUCUAUCAUAUGUUUACUAUCAUAUACUUUGUAUACGGGAUUUGUUCAUAACAUCCCUUCAUGAAGCUCAAAGCAUGAUCAUUGUAAUUUCAAAUACAUUAUCAUGAUUACGCUAUCGUCUAUAGUGUUUACUCAGGAGUCAUUUACAAGUUGCCUUUACAGAAUCGGAGAAUCAAGAGACUUUGAAAACAGUUUCUUUACAACCAAUAGUCAUCAUUGUCAUCAAACUGGUGCCAUACAAAGACUUGUCCAUUACACAUCAUUGUUAAUAGGAAAAACUUAUAAUGUAUUGUUUGCUUUGUGAACCAUAUUAUUUUUGUAUGAAUAUUAUAUUCUUAUAGUU